CAUCACAGCACUCUUUCUUUUCGAACAAAUUCAUCGAUUAUCCGAAUCGAAGUGUUCUUUUAAUGUGUAGUGGUUUUAUAAAAUCAAGUUCAAUUAAUAUUAAUAACUAACUAAAUUCGGUGUAUCGUUUUAUUUAAACCAAAAAAAAACAGACGUAGAACUGUAAACGUGUUGAAUAGAUAACUAUUUAUAACUUUUCUUUAUAACUCCCAUUCUGAACGAAAAAGACUUUGUCAAUUUUACGAAUUUCAACUAUAAAAUAAUUGAAAAAUUGUCUUGUUUGUCGGGUGAAAAAAUAACGCGUCCCCUGUCUAGCCCUCUUCAUUUAUUUAUAUAAAGAAAUUGAAAUUGUUUAACAAUUCAUCCCAACUAAAACUAAACAGACAACGUGAAACUUUGUUCUGCCUAGCAUUAACCGUAAAGGUUCGUGAAAGAUAUUUUGGAAACGACUAAUUGAAAGAAAGAGUCAAGUGCUUAGUAGAAAGGAGUUUGAAUUUGGAAGGUUGCUAAAACACAUAAACAACACAAUGAUGACAUCGUGCACAGCAUUCAACAAGAUUUUGUACACCGGCAUAGGUGGGCCGCCGAGUGAAAGCCAUAGUGAAAUUUCGUCAGCUGACAGUGACUGGAGUGAUAUUCGGACAUACGCAGCAAAGCUAGGGAUCGCAAAUCCAGAUGACUUGUUCACCGAUCGAUUCAAAAUCGACCGGCAAAAAUUGGAAAACAUGAUAAAGACUGAGACUUCGUCCGAAGGCGUAAAUAGCGCAGAGGAGUUUUUCGAAGACCUCAUGAAAACAAGUAAAACGUACAUUAGUUGGCCAUGCAAAUUGAAAAUUGGUGCGAAAAGCAAAAAAGAUCCGCAUGUUCGAAUAGUUGGAAAACAGGAAGACGUUCAACGGGCUAAGGAGCGCAUUUUGGCCGCACUGGAUUCUCGGGCUAGCCGAGUAAUUAUGAAGAUGGACGUAUCAUAUACGGAUCAUUCAUUCAUCAUUGGACGCGGCGGGAGCAAUAUCAAACGAAUUAUGGAGGAGACAGCAACUCAUAUACACUUCCCGGACUCGAAUCGUUCGAAUCCGACAGAGAAGAGUAAUCAAGUAUCCUUGUGCGGUAGUAUUGAGGGUGUCGAAAAGGCUAGAUCGCUGGUUCGACUUUCGACGCCUAUCCUGAUUUCGUUCGAGUUGCCCAUAAUGGCUCCAGGACGCCCUAUUCCAGACCAUGAUACACCGUACAUAAAGGAGAUCGAGACUAAAUAUAAUGUUCAGGUGAUUUUUACAUCGCGCCCUAAACUCCACUCUUCCCUUAUCCUUGUCAAAGGUUCGGAGAAAGAAGCGGCAAAAGUUAAGGAGGCAACACAAUUGCUGAUAAAUUAUACAUGUGAUAAUGUAGCGAAUCAAAUCCUGGUCAAUAUGCAACUAGAAAUCUCACCUCAACAUCACGAAAUUGUUAAAGGGAAGAAUGGUACGAAUCUUUUGAGUAUAAUGGAGAGGACAAAAACGAAGAUCAUCUUUCCGGACGUGAAUGACAUGAAUAUCAAGCCUAUUAAGAAAUCUCAGAUAACGAUAACAGGAACAAUCGAUGGAGUUUACAAAGCAAGACAGCAACUGAUAGGCAAUCUACCAGUUGUUAUGAUUUUUGAUUAUCCGGAUAAUUCAGCAGAUACUCUAGAGGUUGCUAGUCUUAGCAACAAAUACGGAGUAUUUAUACUAUUGAGACCGAAACAAAGGCAAAAUACCAUCGUCGUUGUUAUCAAAGGAGUUGAGAAAUUCAUCGACAAAGUCUACGAAGCGAGACAUGAAAUUCUUAAACUUCAAGGUCCAAUAAUUUGUCCCGAAUUGCCUGCAUCCUACUUUUCACCAAAAGAUAAGGAUAUGGAAGUUGCGAAUCGGCGAAAUCUCACGUCUCUAUUAUCAAAUCAUCCGGAGAGUCCCAUGAUGUCCGCGUUCCCCAUGACACAGUCGUCGCAUGUCUCACCAUACACUAAUUGCAAUCCUAAUCUCAAUGGUCUUCACAAAUUUCAAGGAUCUCCGCCUGGCGCUUGCACCCCCAACGCGAGGUUCCUGCAUCAGGACCAGCACCAGCAUAAUCUUACUCAUCAUCAACAUCACCACCAUCAGCAACAGCAGCAGCAGCAUCCAUACAAUGGUUAUCACGCCAAUCAAUUAACUAAUAAUAGCAACAAUAAUGGUAACAAUAUAAAUGGAAACAUUAAUCAUAGCCCUCGAGCGGGCAACGGCGUCACCAUGGCAGCCAAUUACUUAGCCAUUCCGUCACAUAUACCGCCACCGCCGCCUCCGUCAUUGCAAUCAACAUCACCACGAAGUAGCGGCUACCAGAGUUUCAGCAGCAGUACCAACUCUUUGGAGCAAUCAUAUCCGUCAGGAUCGUAUAGUAGUCUGGUCUCGACGUCGCGCCAUCAAUACUCACCGGACUCAAACUACGAGGGAGGCGAGAGCCGCGGGGUCCGAGAUAGGGGAGCAGGUCGUCGACUUAGCGAUGGCAGCAUGCACUCGGCCGGAACUAAUGGGAACGACUAUCGAACUACACCACAUUAUGACAUGAAGCAAAGUUUAUUCGAUUUCGACAUGAAGCGUGUGAUUGGAUUUAAAGCAAUGGAACGUGCCCCGCACGGAGAACUUCGUACACCGACCGCACAUUGGGCUGGGCUUGGAAUAAGCCGUACAUCCCCCUUGGAACCAACUACAAAUAAUCAUAACAAACACCAUUCCGACGAUACGCUUUGGAACCGAGCUCAAUUGUCUCCCUACAAUUUGGGUGUUACGACCGGACUUGUUGAAUCCACGGCUUCGAAUCUUCGUUUGCAGCUCGCUCAACAUAAGGACAUCCAUUCGUUAUUGACAAGCUUAGGACUAGAACACUACAUAAAGAUUUUUGUUCUAAACGAAAUCGACUUGGACAUGUUCAGUACAUUGACAGAGGACAACCUAAUUGAGUUGGGCAUAACAGCUUUCGGAGCCCGUAAAAAGCUCCUAGUGGCCAUACACACCCUGGCAGUGGCAAACAGUACCGGGUGCUCAUUAAAUCCAAAUAGCUCACCCCGCUUUUCGGGAUCAGCAGCACCAGGUGCUGAAAGGCGUACAUCGAGUGCUUGGUAAUUGCACGCUCCCACCAUCCAUAGAUUUUGCCGGCGGGCACCGAAGAACUACUCAAGAAAGAGCAAUGAAGGUAUUAAACGUGUUGCUAUGCGUUUGCAUUGCUGGCUCAAUGUCGUGGUGAACGUGAAUUACAACUUUACAGCGUCAUAAUCUUCGUGCAAUUUCGAACACCUGAACGCCUGGGGGAGUAAAUACUGCACACAAAGUACAAAAGCAAUUUCUCAGAGAAAAACCGACCUUGCUUCGUCACAACACACAACGGUGACCAUUUUCGAUAACUAUUAGCAUCAGAUAUCCUGAUUUGACGUCAAUGUGUGUCUCCUUCUUUUUAUUUUUUUCAUUUUCUUUCUUUAUUCAAAUUUUGUUUAUUUUUUCAUUUCAUUCAUUUAAUCUUAAUAUUUGCAUGCCAUUUAGAUAUAAGAUUAUUUAAAGAACGAAUGUACAAGCAACAAUACGAUAACAAUCGGAAGCAGAGCCUGCUAUCCCAGGAAACUAACCAGCAUUUUGUUAUAAGGAUAAGCGUUAGAGUUAUAAACACAAAUUUAAAUGUUUUGUAGAAACGGGAAUAUGUAAGGGUGAAAGGUAAAUAGUAAUUGUAGUUUUUAUAGCAGGAAACUCUAGAGCGAAAACAAAAAAUAGUAUUGUAUGGAAAGAUUAUAUACAUGUGAA